GUUUGCGAGGGUUCCCUGCUAUAUCCGGGUGAGCGGCUGGAGAAUUACCGCUUAUCUCAACAGCCUACUCAGGAAAUGAAAGAACAGCGCAUUGAUGCAGAGAAGCAUGAUUCCCUGGAUUGGAGAUACCCGGAUGGUGGUCUUCGUGCAUGGUUGGUUGUCCUGGGGUGUUUCAUGUACGCGACUACAAUCAUGGCGUACGGUCUUACAUGGGGUGUUUUUCAAGAUUAUUACCACACAAACAUGUUCCCUAAUACUAGUCUGAGUAUUCUCAGCUUGGCGGGUGGAUUGCAAAAUUUUCUAAUGAACUUUACGGCGUACCUGUCAGGCGGUCUAGGAGACCGAUAUGGAUACAAGAGAUUGAUUGCCCUAAGCAGCUUUCUCGCUUAUCUCUGCCUCCUAGCUUCGGCAUUUACGACAAAGCUCUUUCACGUCUUCUUAUUUCAAGGCGUCUUCCUAGGAAUAUCCCAUGGGUUAUCUAUGCCGCUUUAUAUGUCCCUGCCCUCGCAGUGGUUCCUCAAGAAGCGUGGUCUCGCCACGGGACUGGCAGUCAGCGGAGCAGGGAUAGGUGGCGGAAUACAGUCACUGGUCGUGCGAAAAUUACUGGUGAAAGUGGGGUUUAGAAACACUUUGCUAAUCUAUAGCUCCAUGCAUGGUGUCGUGUGGAUCGUGGCUUUGUGUCUCAUCAAGGAACGCCGAAGCCCAGAUCAAGUGCAACAAAAGAAGCGGUGGAUACCUGAACGCGUAGACGGCCGACUUUAUAGUGUGGCCACGAGUGUCUUUGUUGGUAUCUUUGGCUUCUUGGCGCCUUUUUACUUCAGUACUACUUACACAAAACAAUUCGUACCUUCUAUCGCACAUGACCCUCUCAAACCCGUGGUCCCUUUGGUGUUGAUGAACUUCAGCGCUGGAUUCGGUCGCAUCCUGGCGGGGAAACUGGCUGACUACUUGGGCCCUAUGAACGUGUUCUUCUCGUCCUUUUUCUUUGGAGGGCUCUUUCAGAUUUUAAUAUGGACUUUCGCCAAGACCUACGCUGCCAUCAUCGUAUUUUCGAUUCUUAGUGGAUUGGUCGGAUGCUGGUUCAUCAGUCUUCUUCCUGUCGUGUGCGCUGAACUCUUUGGCGUCGAAGGUUUGUCGACUAUCACAGGCUUGAUGAUAUUGGCGAACUCUCCAGGACAGUUGGCGGGCGCGCCCAUAGCCGGUGCAAUUUUCUCAGCAUCAGGGGGGAGCUGGGUUGCAGUAACGAUGUAUUCUGGCGGCGCGAUGGUGCUUGGAUCGCUAUGCAUACUCUAUGCCCGAUUUUCUUUUGAAAAGCGUAUAUGGGCUUUUGCCUGACUCAUGUACCUACAGAGUCUGUACAAAAAUAUGCCCCAUUCCUAAUGAGUCGGGAUACGAUCAAGGAGUACAUACCAUUAUGGAGGCAAAAGAAAACACCUUGAAGGUGGGCCUCCCUUGGACUGCGUCACGCUGUCACAUUUUCGUCGUGAGCCACCUGCAUAUUCCUUCUCCACGCUUUGUUUCG